UGAAACGAUUUUCGUGCUUUUGCGCUUUUCUGCCUCUCACGCGCUUGAAAAGGGCCCGAAGGAACAUUCGCUGCGAGAUGCUACUUGCAAGCACACGUCCACACGACAAACGAGCCCAAGUGAGAUUAGAUGUUGGCUUCCACCCUGUUCAGGACCCACAUCACCGGCCACCCCUGCUCGACGGCGGCUUUGGCUGCGUACCCACCGAUGAACAAUGGACAACCAGACCGUCGCCAUGCUGAACUUCAAGAAGUCUUCACACUUUUCCUUCGUCUCCGCAGCACAUUUGCGCCAUCAACCUUGAUCACGGAGAGCAUCGCAUUUGGAUUCCGCACCACAGCCAAAGCCAUUUGUGUGUAUAGGGGUGACUUGGACCCCACUGGGCGCGCGGAUCACGAGUACAUCCAGCCUUGACCCUCAUCAUGGUAUUGCGGACAUUGGGGUGGCUCACGCUGGGUCUUCUCAGAUUGGUAGCUGCUUCCCAUGGUGCACAUUCCGAGGCGGCAACGCAAUACGAAUACAUUGUGGUCGGCAGUGGCGCCGGUGGCGGGACUCUGGCUUCACGCCUCGCGCGCGAAGGUCACAGCACUCUUCUGAUCGAGGCCGGCGAUGAUCAGUCAAGUAAUGACAACACGACGAUUCCACUCUUCCAAUCCCUUGUCACGGGCGAUCCAGAAAUACAAUGGGACUUUUUCGUCAACCACUACCAAGAUCAGUCUCGCGCGGCACGAGAUCCAAAGUACACGAAGGGCAAAGGAUGUCUCUACCCUCGUGCGCAAAUCGUUGGUGGAUGCGUCACGCACAACGCAUUGAUCUUCAUCAGGGCACACGAUUCUGAUUGGGACGGCAUUGCGCGUAUCACUGGAGACUCCUCCUGGUCGGCCAGAAACAUGGACAAAUAUCUCGACAAAGUCUACGAAUGGCAGCCCGUGAACCCGACUGACCCGAGCAUCUUGGUCCGUGAUACUCAACUUGUGCGCCAUCUGGUAGCUGGAGCCGCUGUGAUCAGCCCAUCUCUUUUUCGUUCUAUCAUUCCUCAGGGUCUCUCUUCCCUUCUUGGUCUCGAUCGCUUGAAUCCCAUUGUUGAGAUUUCAAACGCUCUGCUCGGCGAUGCGAACGCCCGCACACGAAACCGUGAUAGCACUACUGGGUUAUAUCCCAUUCCCUUAACCGCCGAAGGAGGUGCUCGUAAGAGCAUUCGCGAGCACAUCAAGGAUACCAUCGCCCAAGGAUAUCCCCUCACCCUCAAGACCAACACUUUCGUCACCAAGGUGCUGUUCGAUGAAUCAGGGAACCAGCUCAGGGCUUGCGGUGUGGAGUACCUCGAGGGUAAGCACCUUUACCGUGCUAGCCCUAAGAGUGGUGGUAAAGGUACUCCCGGAUCUGUCAGAGCUACCAAGGAAGUCAUUCUUGCAGGCGGAACCUUCAACACCGUGCAACUCCUCAAGCUCAGCGGCAUCGGUCCUAAAAAAGAGCUUGAGUCCUUCAAAAUCCCAGUCAAAGUCAACCUCCCUGGCGUUGGUCGCAACAUGCAAGAUCGCUACGAAAUCGGCCUUAAUGUACAGCACGAGAAAGACUUCUCGAUCACCGACGGUUGCCGACUGGACGCCAAGCCUCACGACAAAUGCUACAAGCAAUGGAAGCAAAAUCCCAACAUCCUCGCGCAGCGCGGCGCCUAUGCCAGCAAUGGCCUCGCCGCCACCAUGAUCGGGCACUCCGACUACGCCGACAACUCCGAUGUCGACCUCUGGAUGUUCAGCUCACCCUCGAACUUUCGGGGCUACUUCCCACAAUGGUAUGACACUCUCCUUGCCCAGCACAACUGGUUCUCCUGGUACACACUUAAAGCGCACACGCGCAACACGGCGGGAACCGUCAAGCUGCGCUCUGCCGAUCCGCUCGAUGUUCCUCAAAUCGACUUCAACUACUUCGACACCGGCACUACGGCCAACGGAGCCGCGGACAAGGAUCUCGCGUCGAUGGUGAAGGCUCUUAGAACCUGUCGAAAAGCCCUGGCGAAGUACAACGACGAUGUGAUCGCUCGCCUCCUUCCUGGCAGCAAGUUUGUUGAGAAGGAGCCUGGUCCGCACGUCCAGAGCGAUGAGGACCUGGGACAGUACAUCAAAGACCGAGCAUGGGGGCAUCAUGCAUGUGGUACGACCAAAAUUGGUGCGGAUGGAGACAAGAUGGCCGUAUUAGACAGUAAAUUCAGGGUGAGAGGGGUAAAGGCAUUGAGAAUAGCGGAUGCAGGUGUGUUCCCCAAGAUUCCGGGAGUGUUUAUUACUGCGCCGAUCUUUGUGAUGGCGGAGAAGGCGGCGGACACGAUACUGCAUGGUGGAGACUGA